CUCCCGCCCAUGCAUUCCAUUUCUACGAGAGAUCUUGACUUGAUAAUCGGUCCAGACUCUUCGCUCAAGAAGGUUUUGACUGCUAUCGCAACGCACAAGAGGCUUCGUGGCUUGCGCGUGUUGAACAAUUUGGACGAUUGUAGACCCCGAGAUGUAGAUGUCGGGUACCUCACGCAUCAAUUAUUGGAAGAGGUCGAACAGCAUGGAUCCCACUUGGAGUAUCUCAGUUAUGUACCACGCUCCGCUUCUGACGCAGACGUGGCACACCCGGAUGGCCUUUGGCUGCUUUAUGUACAACGGACACUCAACACUGGAGAUUGGAAUUUCGUAACGCAAUCAUAUUUGAUCGACCACUUACCAGAGGGGGAGCUCAUGUAUUGA